UUUGAAGUUUCUAGCGAUACAAACAGAGAAUACGUUAAAUGAAUGGAGAUCUAGCAUCAUGCUCUGCUUGCUCCAUUUUUUUAUGGGCACAGGGUAUGGAAGAAGAACAGGGAACAGAACUGCUCCCAUUUCCGACAGCAAAUGUGAAUAUGAAUGACGGGCUGACAGCACAGAACUCUUGUCUCGGCUCGUCUCGGCUUUCAGCUCUCAGCGGUUGUUGCAAUUAUGUCGCAUCAAAUAAUUAUAACUUGACUUGGCAAACAUUUCCUGCGUUUCGUAAUAAUUAGCCAAAGAAGCCCCCAAGAGAUGCCAGCGGCAGCAGCAGCAGCAGAAGCAGAUGAAUCUCACACACAGAGAGAAGAACAAAGAAUAUGCGCGCGCCCAAACAUCAAGAUGCGAAUACGAACAACAACAACAACCUCAACAUCGACAACCACGACAACAAUUCAACCUGUUGGUGCGAAGCGUUCGCUAAUGGCGAGAAGAUCAGCUUGUAGACUGCAGACUGCAGACUUGAGCUUGCGGCUGAGUCUGUGACUGUGACUGAGACUUGCCACAGCGCCCAGUUUGAUUCUGGCCAGCGACGCGUACGGUUGUCGCUGCUGUUGUUGCCGCUACAAAUAGAAAAAAAAUUCAUAGUAAAGCUUAUGUAUAGUUAAAGACAUGCCACAAUUGGCACCUGCGUCGGCUUAAAAUGUGUGUGAAACUCAGUUAGCUGCAUCGAUUGCAACUGCUGCGAAACUGUGCCAACUGCAGCUAAAUUGGCACAGCUCUUCGGCUGUGUUUUGAUCGUGCUGCUGACCCAUUUAGUGGUAACCUGGCGUGGCCAGGUAUCAAGGACACAAUCGCCAACACAAUUGAUUCUAAACCGCUGCUAGUUUUACCGUCUCCCGCUGAGUGAAUCAUCCAACUCCAUUAAAAAUAACAAUAACAAAACGGGCAGUAAAAGUGGAGCAGCAGUCAUAAGAAAUCUAAGUAGAAACAACACUUGAAAUGGAAAAGCAGAAGACACCAACACCAAAACCAAAUAACAACAACGAUUGUAAUAACAACUCAACAAAGCGACGACAUAAAAGUGAAUAAGAAAUUGUCAUGCUUUCAUUAACAGCAACAACAGCGACAACAAUAAUAACAACAACAUUAACAACAAACGCAAAACAAAACUCAAAUUUAACUGUCAGCAAUUUGAGUUAAAAGCAAACUCCAAAACAGUGACUCGUGACUCGUUACUCGUCCAGUGAACAGUGACUAUGUGGUGGAAAUUAAAUUGUGAUUUGCUGCUAUUCAGCCUCUGCCUGCUGCUCUGCCAAUUAGAGCCCAUGAGUGCCAGCAUACUCAACACAUUGCUGGGCGUGCCGGCGGAAUGUGUGCAUCAGAGUGGCGUUUGGCCUUGCAAGCUGAGCUUCUCCUGCUGGCUGCAAGGCGGCAAGCAUGCCAAAGGCUGCGGCAGCAACAAAUGGCUCUUCAGCUGCUGCGUCACUGAACCCCAUCAGCAUCAGCAUCCACAUCAGCAUCAAUCGCCACUCGAUAAUCUCGUCGACUACAGCAAACUCAAGAUGAGCCUCAACAGUCUGCCCAAGCGUAUUAUGCUGCGACGGCGCGAUGAUAACGAGCUGCACAAUGUCAAGCCCGAAUGCGGCAUGCCACGCACAGCACAGAAUACGCUGCAGAAGCGCAUCAUUGGCGGUCGACCGGCCCAAUUCGCCGAGUAUCCAUGGUUGGCACACAUACGAAUCGCCGAGUAUCAAUGCGGCGGGGUAUUGAUCUCGGCCAAUAUGGUGGCGACGGCGGCGCAUUGUAUACAACAGGCGCAGCUGGAUGAUAUCACAGUGUACUUGGGUGAGCUGGACACACAGAAUCUGGGCCACAUUCACGAGCCGCUGCCCGUGGAGAAGCACAGCGUGCUGCAGAAGAUCAUACAUCCCCGCUUCAACUUUCGCAUCACACAGCCCGAUCGCUACGAUCUGGCUCUGCUAAAGCUCGCACGUCCCACGGCUUUUAGUGAGCACAUUUUGCCCAUUUGCCUGCCUCAAUAUCCGAUUCGUUUGAUUGGCCGCAAGGGUCUAAUCGCCGGAUGGGGCAAGACGGAGGCGCACAUGGGUCAUGCCGGCACCAAUAUGCUGCAGGUGGCCAGUGUGCCCAUCAUCUCCACCUUGGAUUGCAUACGCUGGCAUGAGAGCAAGCAGAUCAAUGUGGAAAUCAAGUCGGAAAUGUUUUGUGCCGGUCACUCUGAUGGUCACAUGGACGCCUGCUUAGGCGACUCUGGUGGUCCUUUGAUUAUCAAGGAGCGUGGACGCUACGUGUUAGUGGGCAUCACCAGUGCUGGCUUUGGCUGUGGCGUGGACCAUCAGCCGGGCAUCUAUCACAAUCUGCAGAAGAGUCUGCGCUGGGUGGAGGAUGUCGUGCAACACAAUGAGCUCUCAGCCAACAUCGAGCGCCGUGCAGUUGGCUACAGUAACAACAAUAAUAAUUUGUACAUUAAACACAUUAAGACGAGCCAAGUCAAACACUCGUCGAAUGUCAUCUGUCAAUUGCCCAAUUCAUCGCGCAAUUGUCGUUGCUACCGCUUCGCGCUCCUUCAGGAGCUGAACAUGUCGUGCCACAGAAAGGAUAAUUGGCUGUGGCUUUGGCUCACACUUACCACGAGCUUCAUCCUCGCGUCUCCCUCCAGCUACAGCGUCGCUGCCUUAGGCUAUCCCAGUGCACAGCAGGAGCAUGACAUGCUCAUCUUGGACGCACUGUCGCGUCGCAGCGGCACCGGCUACUAUGGCGAGAACAGCGUCAUGGAGAUGCUAUCCCGAAUGAUACCACAAUCGUGCCGCUUCCGUGGCCACAAAUUCGAGUGCGGCCUGUCCAUCUCGUGCGUCUUGGGCGGUGGCAAGCCGCUGGAUCUCUGCUCCGGCGGCAUGAUCUGGUCAUGUUGCGUGGACAAAGAUCUUGACGCUGAGGAGAGUCCACAUGCGGCGCCGGUCAACAAUACAAGUGACAUAAUACAUUUGCACGACAUAUAUCCCGAUCUGUCGCCAACGGGCAACAAGCCAGCGCAUCAUCAGCAUCAACUCCAACACCAUCAGACGCAGCACAACAAUAACGGCCUUUCGGCGGCCUCGUCAUCAUCAUCAACACGUCCCGCCUACCCCAACCACGCCUACUACAGCACAAAGCGUCCGUCGCAUUACAGCAGCAAUCCGUAUAAGCCCAGCUCUAGUUCCGGUUCCUCCUCCGGAUCAUCAUCAUCCGCACAUCGCCCCGGAUCAACGAGUCUGAACAGCUGGGAACAGCAUGACGUGAAUCAUUUGGGCAUCACGAACCAUCUGGACAAUUUCUUUGAUGUGGAUGCACCACCCGACAGUAGCAGCGGUGGCGGUGGUGACAUAACACGUCCACAGCAACCGCAGAAGCCGCUGCCACACGAACCACAAGCUCAGCCCUUUGCGGUGGGCAAUGUGCUCGAUUUGAAUGCCGGCGAAGCGGUGGAUGAAUACGAAAGUGGCGGUGGCUAUAACGAUGCUGGCUAUCGACCUGUUCCGGGUUGUGGCGAAGUUUAUUCACGCUCCAAUCGCAUUGUUGGCGGUCACUCCACGGGCUUUGGCUCGCAUCCCUGGCAGGUGGCACUCAUCAAAAGUGGUUUUCUCACACGCAAACUCAGCUGCGGUGGCGCGCUGAUCUCCAAUCGCUGGGUGGUAACAGCUGCCCACUGUGUGGCCACCACAACCAACUCGAAUAUGAAGAUACGUCUGGGCGAAUGGGAUGUGCGAGGCCAAGAGGAGCGACUCAAUCACGAGGAAUACGGCAUUGAGCGCAAGGAAGUGCAUCCGCACUACAAUCCAGCUGACUUCAAAAACGACGUUGCGCUCAUACGUCUGGAUCGGAAUGUCGUCUAUAAACAGCACAUCAUUCCCGUCUGUUUGCCACCGCCCACCACAAAAUUGACGGGCAAAAUGGCCACUGUGGCGGGUUGGGGACGCACGCGGCAUGGGCAAAGCACUGUGCCCUCUGUGCUGCAAGAAGUCGAUGUGGAAGUCAUCUCCAAUGAUCGCUGCCAGCGAUGGUUCCGCGCAGCUGGCCGACGCGAAGCCAUACACGAUGUGUUCCUUUGUGCUGGGUAUAAGGAGGGCGGUCGCGAUUCCUGUCAAGGUGAUAGCGGUGGACCACUCACGUUAACCAUGGAUGGCCGCAAGACGCUCAUUGGCCUCGUGUCGUGGGGCAUUGGUUGUGGUCGAGAGCAUCUGCCGGGCGUCUAUACGAAUAUACAGCACUUUGUGCCGUGGAUCAACAAGGUUAUGGCCAAUGACAACAAUGCGUAGAAUCGAAUUGAAUCGAUUAUAACAGUCUCUCAUUGGCUGGCUGUCAUUAAGUAAUCGAAUUGGAAGACUGCAGUCACACACACUCGAGUAAUUGCGCUGUUAUUGUGCGUACGUGCAUCUGCAUCACCAUUGCCUGGCCAUGUGAUUCCUCUACGACUCGGGGUUGCUAGUGUUUAAGUAUAAGCUCCCAAAGUUGCGCUCUCUUAGCUGCGCGCAUCUUCUAUUUAUUUCUAUUAUAAUUAAGAAUAUUAUAUUUCGUUCACCACUUUUGUGUAACUUUUGCGUAGAAAUGCAACAGUUAGCACUAAUCAUAAACAUAUUUAUUACAAACGAUUCGAUUAUCAAAUUUCAUGAAUUUACACCUAAUUUUAUUGCUAAUUGUAAUUAAUAGUUAAAAA